GCGACGCGGGGGGCGUGGCCCGGCGCGGCGCGGCGCGGGCGGGCGGGGGGCGGCCGAAGAUGGCGGCGGCUCCGGCGGCUCCGGUUCCUCCUGCCGGCCCCGCCGCGGGGCCGCGCCGCUACUCGCUGCUGGCCAUCGUGGGCGGCGGCUGCCACCGGCCAGGCCUGCUGGCCGCCGCGCUGCAGCAGCUGGAGCGAGGAAUCCGCUCUUGGGACAUCGAUCUCUCCUCCUGCAACCUGGACGAGCAGCUGAAGCUCUUCGUGUCCCGUCACUCGGCCACUUUCUCCAGCAUCGUGAAAGGUCAGCGGACCCUCCACCACCGGGGAGACGUGCUGGAGACCCUGGUGCUGCUCAACCCUUCCGACAAGUCCCUGUGCGAUGAGCUGCGGAACCUCAUCACGGACGUGUCGCAGCACAAGCUGCUGGUGUUCGCGGGGCCCUGCGUGGAGGAGACGGGGGAGCUGAUGCUGCAGACGGGCUGCUUCUCCCUGCGGGAUUUCAUCCAGAUCUUCACGGACAAAGAGGUGGGGGAGAUCCUGAGCUCCGCGGACCCCUCGGCCAAGGCCAGGCUGACCAUCAGCUGCCCCGACUUUGGGGAGUGGAAGGACUCGGGUUUGGACCAUCACAACCUCCAGGAUUUCAUCGAGCUGCGCUACAACCCGGGCUGCAUCCUGCCGGAGAUGGAGGGGCUGGAGGAGUUCAUGGAGUACCUCUCGGAGUCGCUGGAGCCCCAGUCCCCCUUUGACCUCCUCGAGCCCCCCACCAUGGUCGGCUUCCUCAAGCUCUCCAAGCCCUGCUGCUAUAUCUUCCCGGGCGGGAGAGGGGACUCAGCUUUCUUUGCCGUCAACGGUUUCAACGUCUUGGUGAACGGGGGUUCCAACCCCAAGUCGUCCUUCUGGAAGCUGGUCCGCCACCUGGAUCGCAUCGACUCCAUCUUGGUGACACACGCGGGCACGGACAGCCUGCCCGGCGUCAACAGCCUGCUGCAGAGGAAGCUGGCCGAGCUGGAGGAGGAUCCGUCCCAGAGCUCGCAGGGCAACGGGGACUGGGCGAAGAACCUUAUCUCCCCGGAGCUGGGUGUCGUCUUCCUCAACGUCUCCGAGAAGCUGAAGGACAUCGAGGGUAACUCCCGGGUUCUGAAGAGCUGCGAUGAGGCUGCCCUCACCCUGCACUACCUGGAGAAGUUGGGCAUCCGUCCCAACCCGCUGGCCCGGGAUAGCGGACCCCGCGCAGAGCCCACCGUCCUCUUCCAGAAGAUGGGAGUGGGCCGGUUGGACAUGUACAUCCUGAACCCCGUGAAGGGCACCAAGGAGCUGGAGUUUCUCCUGCAGCAAUGGUCGGGCAACAGCUACCCCAAGGAGCAGGACCUGCCCCUGCAGUGCCUGACCUCCAUCUGCGCCCUGCUCGUCUGGCACCCUGUCAGCCCCUCCGAGAAGAUCAUCCGGGUCCUCUUCCCCGGCUGCACCCCCCAGGGCCGCAUCCUGGAGGGGUUGGAGAAGGUGAAGCACCUGGAGUUCCUCAAGCAUCCUGUGGUCACCAAGAAUGACUUGAAGGGGCCGUCGGUGCCCCAACCCGAGAAGCCGCUCAAGCAGAGGAGGGCGGAGAGCAAGGAGAGCCUGAAGUCAGGUUCCAAGCUCAGCUUGGUGGACACUGGGGCACCAGCACCGAAGGAGAAGGCUCCAUCAAAAGUGGAGAGGAAGGAGGUGAAGGCAGGGACCAAGGAGAAGCCAAAACCCCUGGGGGAGACAGCCAGAGUGGGGUCGGAAGAAGAGAAAGCCAAGGAUGCUCGGGCCAAGCUGGACUCUUCGAUGGAGAAGCUGAAGGUGGAUGCAAAGCCGAAGCUGAGCAAGGAGAAGGUGGUGGCCAAGAAGGAGCCUGUCCCCCGGAAAGAGGAGAAGAAGCUGCUGAAGAAGGACGAGGGAGCCGAGGCCAAGGGGGAGGCCAAGAAGGAGGUGAAGGUGGUGAAGAAGGAGCUGAAGGCUGAGACACUGCGGAAGGACGCGAAGGAGAGCAAGGCUGAGGCCAAGGCUCCUGCCAAGACCCUGGCCCGGAAAACGCCGGUCCCGGAGGCCCGCAAACCCCUGGCCAAGGCCGGCAGCAUCAAGAAAACCCCCCUCAAGAAGGAGCCGGAGAAGCCCAAGGCCAAAGCCCCCCGAGAGGCAGGGGGCAGGAAGGAGCCGGGGACGUCGGACGGCUCCAAGUCCUCCUCCCCCGAGGACAUGCUGCCGGAGGCCGAGCGGGGCCGGGGGGCCGCCUCACCGGGGACCGGCGGGAGGAGAAGGAAGGAGGAAUCGACGGAUGAGGGCAUCACCACGGCCGAGAGCGAGCUGGAGCCCUCGCCGCUGGAGAACGGCGGGGCUGGGGCGGCGGGGGACUCAUCCUGCCUGGAGAACGGCCUGGAGGACCCCGACAGCCCCCAGCGUUUCCGCUACCUGGAGAGCAGCCCUUUGAGAGCCGUCUGUCCCCCCUCGCCCCUGGCCAAGACCCCCAAGAGCGACCGCAGCGUCAACUUCGACCUGACGCCCACCGGGAUGCUCAACCACGGCCCCGAGGGCGGCGAGGACGCCUGCGGCAGCUCCGAGGAGAAGACCCUGGAGAUGAUGUCUCCGGCCAGCUCGGGACCGGCCAGCGCCGGGCACACUCCCUUCCACCAGUCACCGGUGGACGAUGGCACAGAGGAGCCGGGCGCCGGCACCAACCGGCAGCCCAACCCCUGGCCACCGGCCGGGGGCAAAGCCUCGCAGGACGGCUCCAGCUCCUCGCAGGAGAAGCAGGCAGGCUGCCUCUCCCUCAGCCCCUUCAAGGAUGACGUCCCCGAUGUGUCCCCCACCAUCACCACCCCCUCGCUGCCGGCCGAGGUGGGCUCCCCGCACUCCACCGAGGUGGACGAGUCGCUCUCCGUCUCCUUCGAGCAGGUGCUGCCACCCGUCAGCGAGUCCCCGCCGGAGGAAGGCAGGCGGUCCCGGGGGACCGGGGGGACGCCGGAGCCGGAGGCCACCAAGGGCGGGUUGUCGCUGCCGCUGCGGCCGUGCCACCACCCUCCGCGGGCUGACGGUGACGCGGUGCCACGGCAUGGCCGCCGCUCCGACUCGCCCCAUGACGUGGACCUCUGCUUGGUGUCGCCCUGCGAGUUCGAGCAUCCCAAAUCGGAGCGGUCGCCCUCGGCUGCCGCCAGCCCCCGGGAGCUGUCGGACAGUGACCCGUCGCAGGAGCUGGUGCAGCGCCAGGGCCGGCCCCGCCAGCCAGCAGGCGAGACCCCCCCCACCUCCGUCAGUGAGUCGCUGCCCACCCUCUCCGACUCCGACAUCCCUCCGGCCACCGAGGACUGUCCCUCCAUCCUGGCCGACGGGCUGGAAUCGGACGAGGACUCGGAGCAACCCACCCGCGGCGUGGCCAGGGCCCGCGACCCGCUGCCGGCCCCCAUGAAGGACCCCCACCCCAUCCCCGCCCAGCCCGGCAUCUGCAUGGUGGACCCCGAGGCGCUGCCGGCCGAGCAGACCCGCGCCGGGAAGAAGGAACCCCCCGGCAAGGUGAAGAGGACCCCAUCCCGCGUGGGCUCGGCGCCCACCGCCGCAAGGGCCGAACCCCCCCGGCACCCCACCUUGGCCCCCAAGGCCAGGGGUCCCGCCAGCUCGGCCCGUGACGCAGGGGACAAGGCCAGGUUGGCCCUCGGGGACAAGAAGGGCCCUUCCGUCGGCGACACCCGCACCCCAGGGACCACCCGCAGCGCUGGAGCCCGGCCGCCGGUGGGAGCUGGCAGGGCGUCACCGGCAGCAGGCACACGGGCUGCGGCCCCCCCCGGCCCCCCCAUCUACGUGGACCUGGCGUAUCUUCCCGGCUCCUGGAGCGCCCGGACGGUGGACGAGGAGUUUUUCCGGCGCGUGCGUUCCCUCUGCUACGUGGUCAGCGGCGACGACCACCUGAAGGAGGGCGUCCUGCGGUCCCUCCUCGACGCCCUGCUCGCCGGCAAGCACCAGUGGGGCACCGACAUCCAGGUGACCUUGAUCCCCACCUUCGACUCGCUGGUGAUGCACGAGUGGUACCAGGAGACCCACGACCGGCAGCAGGAGCUGGGCAUCACGGUGCUGGGCAGCAACAGCACGGUGGCCAUGCAGGAUGAGACCUUCCCCGCCUGCAAGGUGGAGUUCUGAGAGGGGGGGGGGGGCCGCGGCGUGGGCUUCGUCCCCACCCUCCUCCUCCUCCAUGAACCCUUCCCCCCUCUCCCUCCCUCCGCACCCGGUGACUCGGGGCUGCGCCAGCCCCCGGCUGCUGUGGCUCGGAGGGGAGAGAGACGGGGAGGGGGGGUCUGCUGGGGGGAGAUGGGCUCGCCCCCCUCCACCAACACCACCCGGGACUGGCAGGGGCUCCCCGGGGACCCCCCCUGAGCCCCCAGCACCCACACGCCGCACCCUCACACGCUGCAUGGUUCCCGCAUGCCCACGCCGGAGCCGUGCACUCCUCGCUCUGCACCCGCCGCCGUCCCGGGGUGGGGGGGUGAGGGACCAGCUGGGAUCGGGGUGACCCUGCCUGUGAGGGGGGGCAGGAUCCGUGUAUCUGUGUGUCCCCCCCCCACCGAUCCAGCAGCAGUGCUGAGCUGUUUCCCGGCGGGCAGCGAGCCCCAGCCGUGAUCGAUUUAACAGGGUAAAUUUUGUUCUUUGCUGUUCCUACCCCCUCCCUGGACAAGCCACUACUGCCCCCCCCUCGGGUACCUGCAGCCCCAGCCCACGGGGGGGGCCGGAUCCCUUUCCUGGAGGGGGGGGGGUCCCGUCCCCGUGGGGUAGGGAUUGGGGGCUGUGGCGGCUGCUCCUCCGGCACUACAGCCACAGGCUUCGUCCCUGGCACCGUGCCCCCCCCCCCGCCCCCGGCCGGACCCCGUGGCCGCCAAGAGCGGUUGUGUGUGUCCCCCCCCACCAUCACGUGCAGCAGCUGCGGGGGGGGGCGCUUUCCUCUCUGCCAGGCUGAGACCUGGCAGCUCGCUGCACUGAUGGCUCUUCCCUCCCCGGCAGCAGGGGCCGUGGGGCCUGACUGUGCACCCUUGCUGGGGGGGGACGACGACUGGGGAAAGCAGCCCCCCCUCCCGCCCCCCCUCCCCCCCCCCCCCCCCAUCCACCCCAUAGCCCUUGAGUUGCCGGAAGGCUGUUAAGAAACCAAAUGUCACGUGCAAUUUUUAAGGGGUUUUUGUGAGCGGAGAGAGAGGGGGUCCGGGCUGGGAGGUGGAGGCGGGGGGGAGGUAGGAUCUGCCCCCCUCCCCGCCCCCCCCCCCCCCCCCCCCCAAUCUCCCUGCUGGGGCAAACACUAACCCGUUUUGUAGGAGGUUCCUCGCUGGCUCUUUUUGUAAUGACUUUUUAAGAAAAAAAGGAAAAAAAAAAAAGAAAGAAAACAAACAAACAAAAAAAAAAAGUGAAAACCGAACAAACCAAACCUGGUCUGGCGGGAGGUUAUUUAUCUGUGCCCCCCCCCACCUCAGGCACCGUCUGGGGGCCGGGGAGGGGGGGCUUUUACUUUGGAUUGUAUCGUCCUACGUGUUCGGGGAGGGGGGACUGAAUGUUUCACCUUUAGUGCUUUAUAUAUUUUUUUCUUAGCUGGAAGCUGGUUUGAAGGUUGGCUGGGGGGUGUGUGUGGGGGGGGUGUGUGGGGGGGGUGUCUGACCCCCCCCCAACCUCCCCCCGGCCCCUGCCCGUGGACGCCGGCACGCUCCCUGUCUUGCACGCCACGUUCCCGUUUGGCAAAUGUGUUGAAAAUGAGCAUUAAAGAGAGGAUAGCU